AAAGAAGGGGUCCGAGCGUGACUGUCAAAUCUACAUAUUCUCUCUCAUAAUUCAGAGUCCCCUGAUUCAAUCGUCGAUCUUUUCCACUCAUCCUCGGGAAUCCCUCGUCGCCCUCUUUCAAUCUGCAUCGGCUCCCGAAAUUUAAAAUGCUCCAGAUUUUCAAGGGAUUGUCUGAUUUGGUAGGAACUACUCUCUGACUCAGAAGAAGAAGAAGAAGAAUGGAGGAUGAUACAUUUUCAAGGGAUGGGAAUGGUAACCAGAUAGAUGGCAAGAUCAUGCAGACAUUUCAGAAGAAUUUUGUGCAGGUACAGAAUAUCUUGGACCAGAAUAGGCUGCUUAUCAACGAGAUAAACCAGAACCAUGAGUCCAAGAUGCCUGACAACCUAAGCAGAAAUGUUGGUCUAAUCAAGGAGCUCAACAACAACAUAAGGAGAGUGGUUGACCUCUAUGCUGACCUUUCCAGCUCCUUUACCAAGUCCAUGGAAGCAUCAUCUGAAGGGGAUUCAAGCGGGGCUCUGAGAUCAGAUAGCAAAGCUGGGCACAAGAGAAAGCCUGUUUAGGGAGGAUAACUGGCCUUCUGUGUUCUGUGAAUUCUUUUGCAUGGUGCCAACCAGAUGAAGAAUUUCAGAGCUAUGUUGAGCUAGAAGAAGAAGAAAAUGGUUAGAUUCUUAACUCUCCCUUGUAUUAGUGAACUGCCUCUACUCCUCCACUCACAACUCACAUUUGAUAGAGAAAUAAUUGUCUAAAAUUGGUUUCUAUUUCAGUGUAACUCUGUAUAAGUAUAACCCCGGAUCUAAUUGAAAUGAAAUGAAGCAUGUGUGUUCAUUUCUAAUUUUUGUCCUAUCUUGAUAUAGUGGUUAAUAAAGGUUAAUUAAUUUA